UACUCCCGGCUGAUCCUACGGAAGUUAUGGAAAAAGCAAACCGGAGAGCCGGGCCGUGAUGUGUGCCGCCCCUGGGAUGGAUGAAGAGGCAGGCGCCGCGUGGGAGAGAGAAACCAGCUGCAGAGACUGCCCUGCCCAGCACCGACUCCUGUCAAGUCCACGGAAGAGUAGGGUUCUGGGCGUGAUUAUGGGUGGUGAGAGAUUACUCCUGCUGCAGUUGAGGUCAUCAUGACUAUGCCCGCCUCCCGCAGACCAUGUUCCAUGGUAAGCGCUCCUCUCCCAGGCGCACGAGUUCGCGCGCCUGGCGCACCCGGGGACUCUGGGACGCGCUGCCGCCCUCCCCCGCCCGCCCCCGUGUCUGUGCACGUCCGGGAAUAGCCCGGCCUUGCACUUUGGACCUACUCUGAGCACAGCCUCUCCCUUGGUCGGGAACUACCCGGGCCCGAGGACCGCGGCUCCCAGCCUCUUGUACCUGGGCGGCUGACUUUGGCAGGCUGCGGAGAAACUACCUGGUGCCCGCUUUCUGUCCCGAGACACAGCGCUGCAACCUUGGCGCUGCUUGGCCUUGGCAGCCCGCGGUCAGGUCAUACAGUUUCUUUUAGGUAUAUCUUUGGAAUUCCUCCCUUGAUCCUUGUUCUGUUACCAGUAACUUCAUCUAAUUGUCAUCUUAAAGAUAAAGAAGGUAAAGGAUAUGAGAAUGUUAUAAUGAUCAGCAUCAAUGAAUUGGAGAAAAUGCUAGACAUUGAUAAUGAUUGCCUGAAAAAAGAACCUAACUUUUUUAGGAGACAUUCAUGUGCGGAUAAAAAGGAGGCUGCUUUUCUAAAUCGUGCUGCUUACAAGUUGGAGCAAUUUGUUAAAAUGAAUAUCACUACGGAUUUUGAGCUACACUUAUUAAAAGUUUCACAGGGUACAUUAAAACUGAUAAACUGCACCAAGGAAGAAACUAUUUCAAAGGAAACAAAAAAGAAUGACUGGUGUUUCCUGAAAGCACUAAUACAAAAGAUUAAAACUUGUUGGAAUAAAAUCUUGAGAGGGCAUUAAAGGACACUGGAAAAUAUGAGUGGAAUACAUGAACUGUGGUUGCAUCCUCCAACAGUCUAUCGCAUUAUGCAAUUGGGGGGUGGGGUAGAAAGCCUCCUAGAAGUUACUGAAGGCAACCUGGUAAAAAUAUUGAGAACAACUGAGAAAUGGACAUUAUAGUACUAGAAGACUGACAUGAACAAUAGAAACUGAACACUGAAGUCAACAAACUAUUUCCUAGGUAUGUGGAAAUAUAUCAAUCAGUAUUGUCUUACUGAUUUUGUAAGACAAUCCACAUAAAGUAUCAUGUGCAAUAAACCUUGUAAAACCUGUUUAAAUAUUUCAGAAGACAUCAAAUCUAUGAAGUAUAUAAAGGUAAUAAGGAUUAAAUUAGCAUUGUGUUAUUAUCAGAAGAAUUUUAUGGUCCACCAUGCAUCAAUGUACUGCAUUGAGCAUAAAGAUUGUCAUCAUCUGCACUGGAGACAUUUUAGGAUUAACAAUGAUGGAAAAAUGCUCAUGAGAACAAGAGAAGUAUAUACUUUAAAGAAGCAGCAACAUAAAGAAGCCAAUAAUACUUCGGAGAGACAUUAAGAAAUGUAUUUAAAUAUGAAUGUAUAGCACAGUGUCUUUAAUAAAUGGUAUAACAGAUAUUUUUAAAUGAAAAUAAUGGAUCAUUUCAGAAGGUAGAAAUUCACUUAGUCUAGGAAUGCUAAGCCUUAUUACUAAGUUACUUUUGUCAUUUAUAAUGGAAGUCUCAGUUUGGGAGUUUAGUUUUCAGUUUGGGAGGCAUAUUUUUAAGAGAAUAAUAUAUGUUAGCUUUUUAAUUAAUGGAUUUUGUAUAUUUAAUUUUGAAACUAUACUAUAUCUGUAUAUAAAAAUAUUUUAAUACAGUAUUACCAAUGUUUACUUUGAGUAACAUUUCUCCUUUGAUAAUAAAUGACCUAUGUAUUAACACUGUCAGAUUAAUUUAAUCCCAAGAGAAUUUUUAAUAUGUACCACCAUCUGAUCAUUGACAAAUUCAGCCAGUGUUUGAACAUGGUUCAAGCACCAUGUUCAUUGAAUAUAUGAGCUUUAAUACCUUAUUACUGAAACUAAAUAUUAAGUCCAGGGUCCCAAAAAUCUAUGAGUAGGAAUACUACUUUUUAGUUUAAAUUCUAGUCUUUUACAAGAAACCUUUGCACAUACCUUUUUAGAUCCUGAUUAGAAAGGACUGCAAAUGGACUUAAUUCGAUUAUAAAGGGAAUUAAAAACAUUAUUCUAGGAAGCCAAAGCUUUCAAACAACUCCCAGCUUGCAUUUUGCUGAACUUGUAUCCUUCAUACCAUUUCACAGCCCCACUGGAUCUAUUUAUGUACUGACUGGCUGUUAUUUGAUUUACAAAACAUGCUCCAGUGAUACCCUAAACUUUUGAAAACUGUACUUUCCUCCCCAUUUUUACUUUCCCCAAUCCAUAUGGAGUUUCAUCCCCAAUGUCAGGGAGAAUGAAUAGAAUUCUAGUCCUUUGAGUAGAACUUACUGACCUGCCCCGUUAACAGGGCUUUGAGUCAGGUAUUUUUAUCACUUUUUACUCCAGAAAAGGGAGUUCACUAAACUCAUUAGAAGCAAAUGAUUCACCAGUUUUCUUCAGAUGGGUCUUUCUAGGUAGGCUAUAAAAAACAAUCAACUAUGAUAUACCUUUAUCUGUAUAAACAGGUGCUUUUGGUAAGCCAUCAGCUAGACAAACAAGAAAACUGAAAGAUAUCUAAAGAGAAACUCUUAAACUUGAAAGCUUUAUAUAAACUUUCCCUAACAGUGCUGGAAAAAUUCUCCAAGCUGUGGCAAAAUAAGAGGUAAUAUUUUAAAAAUCCUUAUUAAAAGAAUUAUUGGAUUUUUU